UUAUGGUGCGUUCACAUCGCUGGAAAUUAUGGGGAAAACAUUUUCUCUUCGUCGGAAAGUUCGCUUGAACGACACAUUAGGCUUGUUUUUGAUGACGCAUGCGGCUUCGUUUGCCAUGCGUCAGAAUGCAAUCUGGGAUUUAAAACGUCAGAAAUCAGUCUACAUCUUAUAAUCAUACACGCAGCAUUGGAUGCUGGGACGCGAGAAAUGCGGCCGCCAUCUUGAAGUGGGGAACCUGGAGCAGGUCCAUGGCAGCCACAGCGUCUACAGCAGAAACAGGAUGCCGGGCUGGUGUUCAGCGUAUUCUUGCUCAAAUGAGCGGACCGUCAACAAUAGGAAUCGGGGGAUUACUUUUCACAAGUUUCCCAAAGACAAAGAUGUGAGGAAGAAGUGGGAAGUGGCUUUGAGGAGAGAAAGAUUCACUGCAAGUGAUUAUUCAGUUGUGUGCAGUCAACAUUUUAAGCAGGCUGAUUUUGACAGGACGGGUCAGAUUGUCAGACUACGUGAUGGUGUUAUUCCAUCCCUCUUCAGAUUCCCGGUUCACCUCCAAAAGGGCAGGGCUGCUUCUACCUCCAGAAGAGCUGACGAAAGCCUGUCCGUGGCCUCUAACGAUUCCCCAGAAAUGACAACCUCCCACCCACAACCUCAGCCUAAUGAUGAUCAUGGCUAUGCCUUGCCUGCUUCUCCUACCGCUGUUAAGGCCAAAGUCAAUGAACACCUGGCAAGAGUGGAAAGUCUGGCGCGAGAAAAGAAGAAUGCCAUGUCCAGAGAAAAGAGGGCAAAAACCACAGUGAAGGGUCUUUUGGGGGAUUUAAGGGAAAAUAACCUAAUUAAUGAAGAGCUCAGUGAGAAGCUUGCAUUUUACUCAGGUAAGACAAAAUUAGCACUUUGAAAUUCAUGCACAUGUUAUUGUUACUCUCUUUAUUAAACUCCUUGGUUAUUAUCUGAAGCGGACUAAUUCAUCUUUGCUCAUAACAUUUCAGACCUUAAAGGCACCCAGUGCAACUUUCAAGGCUUAAAAAUAAACAUUAAAUUUCUAGUCUUUUUUACACGUAGUAAGUUUCAAUAACUCCAUACCAUUACAUACCGACAUUUAAGCAGCAAAGAUGAGACGUCGUUGUGUGGUGAGAACUGAUACAAAAUCGAUAACAACAAUGCUGCCAUUUUCUUUAUUUUUUGUAACCUACAAUAAAUAAAGCAGGCUUCCAGUCAAUGGAAAAAUGGCUUCUCCCCACCGGCGAUUGUUGUUGUUUACGAUUUUCUAUCAGUUCUCACCACACAACGACGUCUCAUCUUUGCUCCUUGAAUGUCGAUAUGUAAUGGUAUGGAGUUAUUGAAACUUACUAUGUGUAAAAAAUACUAGAAAUUGAAUGUUUAUUUUUCAUUGAAUGUUUACAUAAAGUUGCACUGGGUGCCUUUAAGACGGACUUUGUGGAAAAGCAGGGCCAUGAGUACUCACAGGACUGCAGCUGUGUGCCGUUGGAGCUUGGUCAGAGAGGCCGUGCCAUCUUCAUUUAACUUCCACCUUCUGACCCUGAAAAACAAUGGUGGCCUAGUGAUUCCAUCACUAGGCUCAGUGAAGGUGCUGAGAGCUGCAGAGAGUGUGAUCCGCCAAGCUUCAACAAUGCAAGCUCAAGCUCCUAAGGUGUCGACAGUCCUACACAUCGUCCGAGGGGAGAUUGGAACAGAGGAUGUAUUUCUGCUUGGGGGACACAUUGAGGAGACAGUUUGGCAUCGACAACCACCAUUAGGACUUGUUAUCAUUGGUUGUGUCAGUGUUUCAUAAGAUAAGGCUGCACCACAUUGCCAAACACGCCUCUUGAACUUCAGAAAGGAAGCACGAGAAAGAAGCUGUACAAAACAAUCCUCUUUCAGGGGUUUUAACCCUUACCCUGGCUGCUUUUUAUUGUAUUUUGAAUUUCAGUUAGCAGUAUGUUCUUAUUUUUAAGUUGCUCCUAACUGCUUCAAUUUUGUUUCUGUUGGAAUUAUCUUGUAUUCAGUGUGUUUCAGGUCCUACAUGUUUCUAAAUGGUAUGACACCAAGUACAUGUAGGCGUCAAAAUGGUAGGUAUUUUAGUGUUGUGCAAGUUAUUGUUCCAUUGUCUACAAGAAUGGGUUAUUAGUGUUUCCCCUCUAUGCAUUUGUGAAAAAAAAACAAGUUUCUGCCAAGUUCAAGGCACAUUUGCACAAUGAUCUGGUCUCAGCAGAUACCUUGACUUAGUCCGAUGACUCUGUACAUUUUACCACUGCUCCAAAAAAAUCUAGGGGAAACACUGUAUUACACAUUACCGUUUCAAGUCUUCAGUGCAUAAUGUUCUUGACAAGCAACGGGAAGUUGCUCAAACUACAUUUUAAUUAAUGUGAUGUACAUACAAUUAAAGUGUUUCUCAGUCAAGGCAAAUUAGAAGAAAAACAGACCUGGAGAAAGACAGCUUUAAUAAAAAAUGUAUGUAUGUAACAGGUUUGCAGAAUAAGCAAUUUAUAAUAAUGAGCGAACACUAAAUGACCAAUACUAUACUUCGUAGUCUGUACAUUUAAUUUAGAUGCAUUUAUGUAACCAGAAAAAAAGACAACAGGCAAUGCUGAUCAUUUGUGUGAAAAAAACAAACUCAUUCUAUUAAGAGUCCAACAUUACUUUGGUCAAUGAUUGAAUCCCUGCGAAUUCUGAGAGAUCAACGUGUAGCCUCAGUAUCUGAUUGGCUCUUCAUUGCUACACAUGCUUGAUAUCAGGGAAUUUAAAUGCACUCUUUGCAACAAACAAAUGAAUUGCCACGUCUGGAUUAUGUAACAUGCCUUCUCUUAGCCAAACCCCCCCAUAAGGGCUGUGAUUGUAGCUGCCAAAUAGCAAAGCAUUCAAGUUUACUUAAAACAACUGCAAUGUUGUGGUAUAAACACAAUUUUCAACAUUGCAGUAUGUUUCAUCACAAUAUUAAAUCAAUACUGUUGACUACUCGGAUUAUCAUCCAACCAUAUCUUGUGCAUUUCUAAUUAGUAUUCACUACAUUCUCAUCAAGUUACAUAUUUGCUACAAGGCUGUUCAUUUA